GCGCCACGCAGCGCUCGCAGCUCUCGUUGCUCGCUCCGUCGGGGAACUCUGUAACUUUCGCUGUGUCUGCCCUUGGCCCUCCCCGUCGCUCGCUCGCUCGCGGUUGCAGCGUCUGCCGCCCAUGCAGUCGUCGUCGUCGUCGUGCUCGGAACUAUUAGUUUCUCCUGCUCUCCACGCGCAGCAUUUGCUUCCUUCGGCUUCUUGUCUGCGAGGGAUCGUCGGCGGUCCAAAGAAUCGGUUGCGCAGGCGAGCGAGCCCAAUCUUUGACUGUUCGGAGAAAUCCGGAGAAAGAAGUCGACGAGGCGCGGUGAGAAGAGGUGGCAGUAAUCAUCAGGGUUGAAUUUGUUGUGCAAUCGUCAAAGUGGCUAAAGAGGUAGUAGACAUGGUCGCUCAGGGUGAAUCAUCAGACCCGAAAGCAGCGAAGAAAGAUUUCUCCACUGCUAUUUUAGAGCGGAAGAAGGCUCUUAAUCGCCUCAUAGUCGAUGAGGCUGUCAACGAUGACAAUUCUGUAGUGUCCCUCAACAUGGAGACCAUGGAGAAACUCCAGUUCUUUCGAGGUGAUACAAUACUUAUCAAGGGCAAAAAGAGGAAAGACACUGUGUGCAUAGUUCUGGCAGAUGAAACAUGUGAUCAGCCCAAGAUUCGCAUGAACAAAGUUGUACGAGCCAAUCUUCGCGUCAGGCUUGGAGAUGUAGUGUCAGUACAUCAAUGUGCAGAUGUUAAGUAUGGAAAACGCAUCCAUGUACUACCUAUGGAUGAUUCAGUUGAGGGAGUCACGGGUAACAUCUUCGAUGCUUAUUUGAAACCUUAUUUCUCUGAGGCUUAUAGACCAGUUCGGAAGAACGAUCUCUUUCUUGUGCGAGGAGGUAUGAGGAGUAUUGAAUUUAAGGUGGUGGAGACUGAUCCCACGGAGUACUGCAUAGUGGCACCUGAUACAGAAAUUUUCUGUGAAGGAGAGCCCAUCAGACGAGAGGAUGAGGAAAGGUUGAAUGAGGUAGGCUACGAUGAUGUAGGUGGAGUCAGAAGGCAGAUGGCCCAGAUUCGUGAACUCGUUGAGCUUCCCCUCAGGCAUCCUCAGCUCUUUAAAUCGAUUGGUGUUAAACCACCAAAGGGUAUCUUGCUUUAUGGGCCUCCAGGAUCUGGAAAGACUCUGAUUGCAAGAGCUGUCGCAAAUGAAACAGGAGCAUUUUUUUUUCUGAUCAACGGCCCUGAGAUUAUGUCCAAGCUGGCCGGUGAAAGUGAGAGUAAUCUUAGAAAAGCGUUUGAAGAGGCUGAGAAGAAUGCCCCUUCAAUCAUUUUUAUCGAUGAGAUUGACUCCAUCGCACCCAAAAGAGAGAAAACACAAGGAGAGGUAGAGAGGCGUAUUGUGUCUCAGUUACUCACAUUGAUGGACGGUUUGAAGUCUAGGGCGCAUGUGAUCGUUAUGGGCGCUACUAACCGACCGAAUAGCAUUGAUCCAGCCUUGCGGCGAUUCGGGCGGUUUGACCGGGAAAUUGAUAUCGGAGUUCCAGAUGAGGUUGGCAGACUUGAGGUUAUUAGUAUCCACACCAAAAAUAUGAAACUCGCAGAAGAUGUGAAUCUAGAGAAAAUCGCGCACGAAACACAUGGUUUUGUUGGUGCAGAUCUCGCCGCGUUGUGCACAGAAGCUGCUCUGCAGUGUAUUCGGGAGAAGAUGGAUGUUAUUGAUCUCGAGGAUGACACCAUCGAUGCAGAAGUCCUCAAUUCCAUGGCCGUCACCAACGAGCAUUUCCAGUCGGCCCUGGGAACCAGCAAUCCCUCUGCUCUUCGCGAAACUGUGGUCGAGGUUCCAAAUGUUUCUUGGGAUGAUAUAGGUGGCUUGGAGAGCGUGAAAAGAGAGUUACAAGAGACUGUGCAAUAUCCUGUAGAGCAUCCGGAGAAGUUUGAGAAGUUUGGUAUGUCUCCUUCGAAAGGUGUCCUCUUCUACGGACCUCCAGGAUGUGGAAAAACUUUGCUGGCGAAAGCCAUUGCAAACGAAUGUCAAGCUAACUUUAUCAGUGUGAAAGGGCCCGAGCUUCUAACCAUGUGGUUCGGUGAAAGUGAGGCCAACGUGCGUGAUGUUUUUGACAAGGCUCGGCAAUCUGCACCCUGCGUCCUCUUUUUUGACGAGCUGGAUUCUAUUGCAACUCAGCGCGGUAGUAGCCAGGGAGAUGCGGGUGGUGCUGCAGACAGGGUAUUGAAUCAGCUUUUGACAGAAAUGGAUGGCAUGAAUGCCAAGAAGACUGUUUUUAUUAUAGGUGCAACCAACAGACCUGAUAUAAUUGAUUCAGCGCUUCUGCGUCCUGGUCGACUGGACCAGUUGAUUUACAUUCCUUUACCCGAUGAUGGUUCGAGGCUCAGAAUCUUCCAGGCUGCUCUUCGAAAAUCACCUGUUGCGAAGGAAGUUGAUCUUGAAGCACUUGGAAAGCACACGCAGGGAUUCAGUGGAGCAGACAUUACUGAGAUCUGCCAGCGUGCCUGCAAAUAUGCAAUUCGUGAGAAUAUUGAGAAGGAUAUCGAAAGGGAAAAGAGACGUGCAGAAAAUCCAGACCUUAUGGAGGAAGACGUAGUAGACGAGGUAGCGGAAAUCACAGCAGCGCAUUUUGAGGAGGCGAUGAAAUUUGCUCGAAGGAGUGUGAGUGAUGCCGAUAUCAGGAAGUAUCAAGCGUUUGCUCAAACUCUACAACAAGCUCGAGGUUUUGGUUCGGAGUUCCGGUUUCCCGAUAGACCAGCACAAAACCCCGGAGCCGGAGCUUCUGCAGCUGAUACUGCUGUUUUUGCAGGUGGGGAUGAGGAUGACUUGUACAACUGAUUAGUUUCCAUAGCCUAGGGGGAGUUGCCUGCCUGGUCGUUGAGCGGGGGCCAAGUUGCACUGCAGGCUGUACUCACUUUAAUAGUUCGUAAAAAAUGAUCAUUAUGACAUAGUAGUGACAUUCAAGUCAAGUGCCAAGGAUGAGAUACUUAGUGUAGAUCAGGUGACGUCGUGAACAUCUUGACUGGAAACACCGCGCCAAGUAGAAAGAGCUUCGUUUGAACCAAGCUCUCUCUUAAUGGAGAAGGUACGAUUUCAGAAUGUUACGCAAGAGUUCUCACCUUUUGAAACAGGAGACAAUGUUUCCAGCUGGGCAGUGCAACUUGGCCUCGUGGCUUAUCCCGUAGGUUGUAAAUCUCGUUUAUCAAGUUUCCCUUUAAGCAAUAUGGGGAUAACUUUGCAAAAGUAGGCCCGUCCGUUUUUCCGCUGUAAUAAAUUUUGUUGGAGAUGAAGCUUCUCUAACAUGAAGCCAAGCCUUGUUUGAAACUGAAUACCUGCAUCAUAUAAGCAAGCAGUAUGGCGAAGCAAUUAGCUGGCAUUCUUACAGUCCAGCGGCAUAAAGAGUUGAUAACUCCGGAAAGGUCGUCGCAAUAUUUCUUUGCGCGUGUGAGGAGAUACUAACGUCCAAGAGAUGAGUGAAGAUGUGGAUACGUGAGUGGCUUCAAAUGUCCUAGGUGAGUUGGGGAUAAGUGUUCAACCAAAGUUACGGAAGUAUUUCCAAUUUGCUAUUUUCAGUAUGAUCUUAAAACAUCUGAACUUGAGCUUCAUUUAGGGAGUUGAUGUUAUGGACAUUAUACUCAAUCUCAAGAG